AUGGGACAAAGUACCAGUGAAAGUACCGGCGAAAAGGCUAGGAGGGACGAGCGAUGGGGAAAGAAAUAUCAGAGCCGGCUUGAAAGCACGAGAGGCAGAAUAAAAGACAUAACAAGGCCAGUCGCCGGGCCCCCGCAGCGAGAACCGGUAGUAGACAGCCUGCGGCAGCUCUCCGGAAAGGUGGUCGACAAGGACAUGAAAAAUGAACUGGUGCGGUCAGAGUACAAGACGCCCGAACAGAUGAUCGUGACUGACGCGGUCCUAACGCUGCCACCAAGGGUCCCAGAGGGAGAACUGCAGAGGCAGAUCGCCGCCAUCCACGGCGUCAGUGUAAAUUGUGGUGCUGAAGAGUAUCCCCUCUGCCGUCGGCUUGUCCAUGGCUCCAGCCGCAUGCCCAUCGCUGUGAAACCGACGGCCUUCAAGGCGGAAGUGAUGGGCCAGCCAUAA